AAAUUUUAGAAUCUGUCAUUUAUUUUUUCCGUAAUGCAUUACUAUUCCCUUGCCCUUUCUUGCUUUGAUUCCUCAACUCACUUGUUCGAAUUCGCUCUAAAGCGAAGGCCAAUCCGAGGGAGCUUCUCUUCAGUAAUUAAAGCUAAAAGGCGGCAACUUUACCUUCCCGUGAGCUUGAGAUCACCUCCUGAUAGUCGUCUAUUUAGUCGGGUAUCCGAGUUUCAUUACAAUCUCUGGAAACCACACGAUUACAUUUUCUUGCUAAUUAACUAGUUUCAUUUGCUAGUUCUCUUCCCGCAGAAUUUUUAUUGACUAGGGUUUACUGGAUCGAGGGACUAUGUUGGUUUCUGUCGUUUUAAUAGCAUUAAGGUGAUAUGAUGGAUUGGUUAUAAUCGUCAUUCAUUACGGGAGUUGUGUUUUUUUCAGAGCAAUUUUUCAAGGCAACUGCUAAUAUUUCUGUCAUGGUUCCUAUUAUGUAUGCUCUGUUGAUGCUUGUUGUGUUUGUUUUACACGGAGUUAUCAAUGGUGAAAGGCCUGCUGUUGUGAACAUUGGUGCUGUGUUAACUUACGAUUCAGCCAUAGGUAGAGUUGCAAAGGCUGCAAUUGAAGCUGCUGUUCAGGAUGUUAAUGCAAACGAGAAUGUUCUUAAUGGAACUCGACUAAAUUUGAUAAUGGAGGAUUCAAGUUGUAGCGCUUUUAUUGGUGCAGUUGCAGCGUUGAAGGUUCUUAACAAAGAGGUGAUAACAGUUAUAGGGCCGCAAUCCUCAACAAUAGCUCAUAUUCUUUCAUACUUAGCGGGUGGAUUUCAUAUACCACUCAUAUCCUUUGCUGCUACAGAUCCAAGCCUAUCUUCCCUUCAGUAUCCCUACUUCAUCCGCAUGACACAAAGUGAUUCUUAUCAGAUGGCAGCCAUGGCUAAUCUAAUUGAUUUCUAUGAGUGGAAACAGGUUAUUGCAGUUUUCAUCGAUGAUGAUUAUGGGAGGAAUGGAAUAUAUGCUCUAGAUGAUGAGUUAACUAACAAAAGGUUAAAAAUAUCAUAUAAAAUUGCAUUGCCUGUUGGAGCUUCUCGGAAUAAAAUUUUGGAGUUGCUGCAAAAUUCUAAAGCAAUUGGUCCACGAGUUUAUGUGGUGCAUGCUUCACCAGAUUCUGGACUUGAAAUUUUCCAUGCGGCCCAAGAUCUUCAGAUGAUGGCCGCCGACUUUGUUUGGCUUGCAACGGAUUGGCUCAGCGCCACUCUCGAUACAUUUGAGCUUAACAAAACUCACUCAUUGGAAUAUCUGCAAGGUGUAGUGGGCUUUCGGCAAUACAUUCCAGAGUCUCAGCAAAAGAAAGCAUUUGAAUCAACAUGGAAUCGGCUUCAUACUAGAGUUUCAAGUUCCAAGCUAAACACAUAUGGUUUUUAUGCCUAUGACAUUGUGUGGGCUGUUGCCCAUGCCAUCAAUAACUUCCUUGACAAUUCUGGGAAUAUAACCUUCAGCUUGAGCAAUCAGAUUGGUGAUAACAGAGGUCAUAUGAGGACUGACUUGAUCAAAACCUUUGACAGUGGGGAAUUGUUACUACAAAAUUUGUUAAGCCAGAAUUUUAGUGGCUCGUCUGGGCCAAUCCUCUUUGGUACCAACCGCAGCCUCAUUAGUGGAAACUAUGAAAUCAUCAAUAUUUAUGGCUCAGAUAUUAAUACUAUUGGUUAUUGGACAAACAUUGUAGGUUUGUCCUUUUCUUUCCCAGAUACCUCGCAUACAAAUCGCCAGGGAAAUUUCACUGCAAGUAAGGUUCUUCAUAAGAUUACGUGGCCUGGUGGGAUGAAAAUGACACCUCGUGGUUGGAUUCCUUCGACGCGCGAAAGGCCCCUAAGAAUUGGAGUUCCUCGUAGAGUAAGUUAUCUUCAGUUUGUGAACAUUUUAACAGAUAACCAUACAGUGCAAGGAUAUUGCAUUGAUGUUUUCCGUAUGGCUCUGAAAUUACUUCCAUACGAAGUUCCAUAUCAGUUUGUACCAUUUGGUGAUGGUCAUAUAACUCCAAAAUACUGGUCGCUUGUGAAUAUGGUGGCUAAUAAUGAAAUUGAUGCACUGGUGGGGGACAUUUCCAUCGUCACAAAUCGUACGAAGCUUGUAGAUUUUACUCAGCCAUAUAUGUCAACUGGCCUUGUCAUUGUGGUUCCCACUAGGAGUACCAAGUCAAGUGCCUGGGUUUUCCUUAGGCCUUUUACAGUUGGAAUGUGGUGUGUGACUGGAGCUUUCUUCUUUAUAAUUGGAAUUGUAAUCUGGAUACUUGAGCAUAGAGUGAACAGUGAUUUUCGAGGUUCACCCAAGCGACAAUGCUUGACUAUGUUCUUGUUUAGCUUUUCAACUCUUUUUCACUCCGAGCAAGAAGAAACUUUGAGCACGCUGGGGCGAUUUGUUAUGAUGGUUUGGUUUUUUCUGCUAAUGGUUGUGACAUCAAGCUACACUGCGAGCUUGACAUCUUUUCUUACAGUCCAACAGCUGCAAUCUCCAAUAAAUGGAAUUGAUAGUUUGAUAGCAACCAAUGACCCUAUUGGUUAUCAGGAAGGGUCAUUUUCUUGGAGCUAUAUGGUUAAUAGUCUUAAUAUACCACGAUCGAGGCUUAUCUCACUCCGGACACCGGAUGAUUAUGAAGAAGCUCUCUUGCGUGGCCCGAAAAAUGGAGGUGUGGUAGCAAUUGUUGAUGAGCUUCCAUAUAUUGAAAUAUUCUUGGCAACUAAAAAUGGAUUUGGCAUUGUUGGGCAGCCCUUUACACGCAGUGGGUGGGGAUUUGCAUUUCGUCGCAAUUCGCCGCUUGCAAUAGACAUAUCUAGAGCUAUCUUAAAGCUUGCAGAGAAUGGUGAUCUCCAGCAAAUUCAUAAGAAAUGGUUCUGCCUGCACAAUUGUAACAUUCAUAGAGCAGACAAUUCCAAGCCAAAUCAGCUGCAUUUGAACAGCUUCUGGGGACUUUUUAUGCUAUGUGGGAUUGUAACCAUUGCUGCUCUCCUGAUAUUCCUUCUUAAGGCGAUCCGCCAAUUUAUUCGCUACAAAAAGGCGAAAAGCGAUGCUUCCUCAAUCACAAGCUGCACGAAAACUAUCUACUGCUUCUUCGACUUCAUCGACGAGAAAGAGGAAGCAGUGAAGAAAAUAUUCAAACAGCAGCAAUGCUCCUCACAGCCUGAGGCUUCUUGAUCAGUAGUUAUGGUAGAUGUUCAUACUUUUCUACCAUUUAAUGAACUAAAUUUGGGACAAUCACUUUUCACAUUUAGUAGUAAUUAAAACGAAUGUAAUAUCCAUAAAAUGUUUGUUCAUCUGAUAUCUUCUUCUGAGUUUAAUGAUAAGCAGGAAAAUUGAUAUGUGAA